GGGGAUGGGUGAGAUAUUUGCAAGAUGGUGUCAGACACGCAGUUACAGUUAGCAACUUAGCGUACCAGUGAUUUUCCAUUCCCUCCCCAAAAAUCUCUCAUCAUCAAGUUGGAGUCCAUGGUCAGCAUUUUCUGCUGUGUUUCUCUGCGUUCUUAACCUUAAUAAACCUUUGUUCUAUUUUCUAUUUUCAGUUUUCAUCGUUACCCCUUUUCAUUCCAUAAGCUCUGCAUCAUCUAAUGGCUCUCUCCGCAACUCUUAUGCCUCCUUCAUCACCAAAAUUGAAUCUUUGCGCCAAAAUUCGAAGACCCGUUCUCUCUCACUCUCUCAAUCUCCUUAACCCCCUAAAGAUUCGGGCUUCAACUACUCUUGAUUAUUCCAACGUCUCUUCCAACGACAAAUCAACCCUAUUGAAGACUAGUAAUUGGCAAUGGAAAUUUAAGGAAAACUCUGUAAACAUUUAUUAUGAGGAACAUGGAAAGGAGAGUUCAGAGUCUUCCCAAGAUAUCUUGAUGAUGCCAACCAUUUCUGAUGUUAGCACUGUUGAGGAAUGGAGGUUGGUGGCUGAAGACAUUGUUCAACGUAAUGGCAAUGUCAAUUGGCGGGCAACUAUUGUUGAUUGGCCUGGUCUGGGUUAUUCUGAUAGGCCAAAGAUUGAUUACAAUGCGGAUAUCUUAGAAAAAUUUCUGGUUGAUUUCAUCAAUUCAUCCAAUGGUCCAAUGAAACAAUCAGAAAAUGAUUUGAUAAUUUUUGGAGGAGGACAUGCUGCAUCAAUAGUAGUACGUGCUGCAAAAAAAGGUCUGGUGAAGCCCAAAGCUAUAGCAGCUGUCGCACCAACUUGGGCUGGCCCCCUUCCUAUUGUAUUUGGUAGAGAUUCUAGCAUGGAAACAAGGUAUGGUCUUCUAAGAGGCACAUUAAAGGCCCCUGCAGUUGGUUGGAUGAUGUACAACAUGCUUGUGAGCAACGAGAAUGCUAUCCAAUCGCAGUACAAAUCCCAUGUAUAUGCGGACCCUGAUAACGUGACUCCAGGAAUUGUUGAAAGCAGAUAUGCAUUGACAAAACGAAAAGGAGCACGUUACUUGCCUGCUGCAUUCUUGACUGGGCUAUUAGACCCUGUAACAUCGCGUGAGGAGUUCCUUGAACUCUUUGCAGCUUUGGAGGGAAAGACACCAGUGCUGGUUGUAUCAACCAAAGGAUCUCCUAGGAGAUCUAAGGCUGAGAUGGAAGCUCUUAAGGGAGCUAAAGGGGUGAGCAAGUUUGUGGAAGUGCCUGGUGCUCUUCUUCCACAAGAGGAGUAUCCUGCUUUGGUGGCAGAAGAACUUUAUCAAUUCUUGCAAGAAUAUUUUGGCACUGUGGCUUAAAAUUGACACUUUUUUUUGUAGUAAUUUAUCUAUCAAACGGGGAAUAUCAAUAUCAUUGGUGUUCUGCAGCUUCUCCCCUUAUGUUGGUGCAGCUUUUAGAGUCUGAAAUCGUGAUUGGUGGAAGAAGUUUGUCCAAGGGUGUAUACACAUUUAUGUUGUGUGAUUUUAUUUGAUAGUUAUAGAACUCCUCAUGUAUACGAGAUUUUUUAUACUCAUCAAAUAAUUUUGGACUGGACUGAUGAUGUGAACAUAACUUCUUUUUACGGCAUUAUAAAUCUAAAGUUG